AUGAAAUUCAGCCUUCAAGGGGCCUUUAUUCUAUCAUGUUUUUGGCUUUUUCUCUGUGGAACUUUCGCCUUUGACAUAAUUCAUUAUUUUUUCCACAAGUUUUCCAAAUCGAGGUAUCGCUUGUUACGACUAAUUGGAAAAUUGCACGAGGUACACCACUUCUACUUCAACAGGCGUCUCCAAUUCAAUAAUUACUACCUCUGGCAUAACAUAUUUUUUGAACUUCCACUGGAACUAGCGUGUCAGGCCUUUGGAUCAUGGCUAGGGUGGCUAGUUUUAAAGCACAUUGCCAUACUUGGUUCUAGUGCCGUCUCUGAGCGUUCACUUCAUGGUGUUCUCGCUAUAGAGGUGGUCAAGGUGGUUGUCGUGGCUAUGCUCAGUGGGCGAGAUUCCAACCACAAAACCUACAAAACGGUACCGAAAAAUCCGUACAGGUUUAUUGUUGGUCCAGAAUACCACGCCCUCCAUCAUGUGGAUCCAGCAGCAUAUAUGAGCUCAACGUUUUAUCUCUUUGACUGGCUUUUUGGUACGGCAUACACACUGAAAUCUCGAAGGGUCACAUUGACUGGUGCAUCUGGGGCGUUUGGAAAAGCUUUAAUGAAAGAGCUACAGACUGAAUCGGUAGCUUGCAUUCAGCAACUCAAAUUUGGAGUAGAUUGGACCUACACUGAUUUCGAUGCGGCGAUACCGAUCCUCGAAAACACGGAUGUUUUGAUCCUAGCUCAUGGAUCAAAAGGGCAAGAUGCUCUCAAGGCCAACUGCGAAUCCGCGGUUCAAUUUAUAUCAUUGUUCAAAAAUCAUCGAAAAAGCGACCCAAGCCAGAUAGAUCUUCUGCCCGAAAUUUGGGAUGUCGGCAGUGAGACUGAGCUGCAUCCUUCCUUUGGCAUUCAAAAUCUCCAAGCAUACUCUACUUCUAAGCGCGCCUUUCUUCCCUAUACACGCAAAUUUUACGACGAUGACUCAAUUAUCUAUCGUCAUAUUGUGCCAGCAGCCUUUCAAUCUACUGUGGAUUCCGCAAAGCUCCCAGCGGAAUGGGUAGCUCGAACAGCAAUGUGGUGGAUUCGCAGGGGUGCAAGAUUUAUUCCCGUAACAUACACGGGACUUGCCUAUCUGUAUUAUGUCAAAUUCAUGUCUUUAAUUAAAAAGCUGUGA